CUUCGCGCGUGGGUCGCGCUCAAGGAGGCCGGCGUCCCAUUCGAGGAGCUCCUCGCGCCCAAGGACGACCUCUCUCCCGUCUCACUCCGCGACGAGUACCUCAAGAUCUCGCCGAUCAAAAAGUUCCCGCUCUUGAUUGUGCACUCGGCGGGCGGCGCGCCGCCGCUCAUGGUCUGGGACUCGCUUGCGAUCAUCGAGUACGUUGCCGAGACGUACAAGCACCUGUGGCCGACGCAUCCGGAAGCGCGGGCGUUUGCGCGGAGCGCGGCCGCCGAGAUGCACUCGGGCUUCAUGGGUCUCCGUUUUACGUGCAACAGCUGCAUCGGGCUGCGUAUUCAGCUGCACUCGAUGAGCGACGAGUGCAUCGCGGACCUCAAGCGCCUCAACGACCUGAUCACCGAAGGCCUUGAGCGUUUCCAUGGCCCGUUCCUCGCUGGUGCGACCUUUACGGCUGCGGACGCCAUGUACUGCCCCGUCGCCUUCCGCGUUCAGACGUACGAUCUCACGUUUCAGAGCGAAGCUGUGAAUGCGUAUUUUGCGCGUCUUCGCGCGCUCCCGUCGAUGCAAGCGUGGGAGGCGAGCGCGCUUGUCGAACCGUACCGCAUCACUUCGUACGAAGCCGACU